UCUCAUCAUUUAGCUACCCGGUGCUGGGCCUCUUGGCCCUCGCGUCCGCUCCGCCAUUCGCGCAGGCCGCCAACUCUCAUCUUCUUGGCAAUCGGGCAACGCCAGACAGAUAGGCGGCACGGGAGGGUUGGCAUUUUCUUGCCCGUUCCACAUGCGUGGCAAUGGGGUUUUCCAAGAAAAAGGGCCUCCUGGCUCAAAUACCGGUCGACCCGGAUCCUGUUUUCUCCUCCAUGUUUUCUGUUUGAGCCUUUUCCACCGUCCAUACUUACCAGUCACUCGUUAGACUAGAGACUUGCCAUUUACUACUUUUAAUUGUUCUUUCGUUCCUCCGGUCUUCACUAUGAAGUCCUUUAUCGCCGUCUCCGUCUUGGGGGCUGCCAUUGCCCCUGCAUUCGCUGGAAUCGUGCCCCGACAAUCGCGAGGAAAUCUUACGCCGGUCACAGUGAAGGGUAAUGCAUUUUAUCGAGGCGAUGAGCGAUUCUACGUUCGAGGAGUCGCUUAUCAGCCAGGUGGUGCGGCGGACGCCCAGGAUCCUCUUCUCGACACCGAAAGCUUGAAGCGCGACAUUGAAAACUUCAAAGACCUCGGUAUCAACACAAUCCGCAUCUACACGAUCGAUAACUCGCAGAGCCAUGACGAAGCGAUGGCAAUGCUCGACGAGGCCGGCAUUUACCUAGCCCUCGAUGCGAAUACGCCCAAGUACUCGCUUAACCGAGAGUCGGAAGACACCCUCCACCGCUCAUACAACGAUGUGUAUCUGCAAUCAGUCUUCGCAACGGUCGACGCUUUCGCGGACUACAACAACCUUCUUCUCCUUUUCUCCGGAAACGAGGUUAUCAACGCCAAGAACAACACCAAUGCUGCCCCCUACAUCAAGGCCGUCACGCGCGACAUGAAGCAGUACAUUUCCAACCGCCACGCCCGCCAAAUCCCCGUCGGCUACUCCGCCGCCGACGUCGCUGAGGUCAUCGAGCAGCAAGCUCUCUACUUCGACUGCGGCACCGACGAUGAGCGCGCCGACUUCUUCGCUUAUAACGACUACUCAUGGUGCGAUUUCGAAAACAGGCUGCAGACCUUCAAGGGCGCUGGUUGGGACAAGAAGGUGGAGACGUACAAGAACUACGCCAAGCCUAUCUUCCUGUCCGAGCACGGCUGCACCGAGCCCAAUCGCCAGUGGGGCGAGGUCGCCGCUCUCUUCUCGACCCAGAUGUCCGCAGUCUACUCCGGCGGUCUUGCCUACGAGUACACCGUCGAGCCCAACGGCUUUGGUAUCGUCGAAGUUACCGACAACGGCAUCCAGCCCAAUGAGGACUUCCAGGAGCUCAAGGAAGCCUACGCAAACGCCCAGAACCCCACUGGCACCGGCGGUGCAAAGGCCGAAGGCGAAGGCGAAGCAUCGCAGUGCCCACCCGCGGACGAUGACUGGGAGGUCGAGACCACCCUCCUCCCGGCCAUCCCUCAGGGCGCUGUGAAAUACAUGGAUGAAGGUGCUGGUACUGGCCCUGGUCUUGAGGGUGACGGAUCUCACUUCUCUGGCGAGCCCAGCGAAUCGACUGCUACUCCUGGCUCCGGCGAACCUACCCGUACCCCUGACGGCUCGGCCUCGGAUGGAAAUGGCACAGGAGCUGCCGCUGGUGUAGAGAUCCCGCUUCGCUUUGUCGGCAUGAUUGCUGCUAGUGUUGUGUUUGGCGCCGCCCUGCUCUUCUAAUUGCGGUCAGCGUGGGGUAAUGCAGGUUGAAUGUGGGGAUAGUGCAUGCACACGGCUUCAUUCC